AUGGACGCAUUAUUAUUCGCCAUUAAUUUAGAAGUCAUGUUGCUUCAAAUGGAGAUUUUAGGGUACGGGUUCCGAAAUAAGAGACAAAAACAACUUUAUGACAAGCUCGUGAGAGAUCGCAAAAUUGCAAAGGAAGUUUCUUUAAGAACUCUGGUUGAAUUAGCUGAAGGUGGAGAUUGGUAUACCCUAAAACAAGUUGUGAAUAUGUUAGAAACUACCGCUAAUUCUGGGACAUCUCUCCGGGCUCAAUAUGACAAAACAAAAACGUCUUUAGAGGAUAUCACGAUGGAAUUGCAAAGAAACAGACAGCAGUGGGCAAUUGAUCUUCGCAAUUGUGACAUUAAAAUAGCUUUUCUUCGAGACAGUAUAAAGGACAGCGUCCUGAAUUCGCGUUUUCAAUUCGACUAUGUGGAUAAAUGGUUGAGUGCACGCGCUGAAUCUCUGGAACUUCAAACACAAACCAAGAUCACACCAGCGCCACGGCUCGAAUUUGAGGACUGCGUGCACGAUGAGCUGCUACGAGCUUUUGCUCUACAGAUAAAGGAAAGGGAAGAUUUGUUGGAAUACUGGAAAUCGCGGUACGCUAACGAUACUGCCGAUAUAGAAAGUCGACUCGCAGAACAGUGCGAAAAAUUACGAGACACUGUUAAACGCCGAGGGGAGUUAGAGUCUUUGUACAAAUUACACGAGGGCGAGAUGCGGGCAUGGCUGACUUUCAAAAAAGAGCGUGGGGCCAGACUUGCCCGCGAAGAACGCUUGCGCCGAGCCGCUACGCGCAUCCAAGCGUGGUGGCGAGGCGUCAUGGUGCGCCGCGCUUUAGGGACUUUCCGUUACUUGCGUAACGUAAAGAAAACCAUGCCUAAAAAUAAAAAGAAGUAA